AUGCCUAUCUACUUCAGGAUUACGUUCAACACAGUUAAGAGAUUUGGGUCAUAUAGCAUCAUGUGGUUCCUGACAAUCCUGUUUAUGUAUGCAGUGGUUUUACACAAAUUCAGCAAUGCCUACACAAGCCAAACUGUCACAAAAGUCUAUAAUGGAGAGACAGAAGUGAUGAUUGAAUAUCAAGAGGGAUCUCCUGGUUCAAAGAUCAUUUUAGCAGCCCCGCACGGAGGAUCAUUCAAGGGUGAUUUCCCAGAACGUGACUUCGGCUGCAUGAGCAAUGGACAGUGCAUCUGGAGCCACAGUUGUGGUGCAAAAGACCCAAAUUGUGAUACCUCUACAUAUACUGACAGAUACACAAUGGAAAUAACAACAGGACUCGCAGAUGAGCUAGAGACGCUUUAUUCUGGUGUUCGGCCACAUGUUAUUCUGAGUCACAUUCAUAGAUCGAAACUCGACCCAAAUCGAGAAGAAGACGAAGCUACUUUUGGCAAUGCGGAAAUCACUUCGUAUUACAAUGCAUUCCAUUCAUUUAUUGAUACUGCAAGUACGAGUGUUGGUACUGGGUGCUUCUUCGACAUCCACGGUCAUACACACCCAGAGGCAAUGGUAGAACUGGGUUACAAGGUGAUCAAGUCACGCCUGAAUGAUAAGAAUGCAAUCCUUGGUUACACAAGUAUUAAGACCCUUGGGAAUGAUAUCAAUGCAAAUGGAAGGGAUUGGACAGGCCUUCUUAAUGGAACAAUUGGUCUGGGAUAUUUCCUAACAGAGCAGUUGAAGUUGUCGACUGAAGCCACAGUUCAAGGAACUACAGUAGUGCCAUCUGUUGAUGUUCCUUCACCGGGCACGGCACUUUACUUCUCUGGUGGCUAUGACGUUAAGAUACAUGGCUCCCGAUAUGGAGGCGACGUAGAUGGUAUACAAAUAGAGUCUCCAUCCCCUGUAAGGAAUGCCAUCCAGGGGCCGGAGUAUAUCAAACGUCUCGCAAAAGCCAUAAAGCAGUUUAUGGAUGAAAACUACUAAAGAAAAAGACUCCAUUUAGACAACGGGAUUCAUACUCGAAUUUCGUGAAAUUUACUGUAAGGACCUCAGUGAUUCUAAUCAAUACACUGGGUCAUCUCAACAUUCAAUUACAUCUUUAUUAAACCAUGACUUUGUCAGUACAAUUGAGUUAUUUAUGGCUGGACCAUUAGAGUAUAAGAUAAGCAAUAUAAUAAAGGUAGAAACAGAGAAAAUGGGCGACAAAAUGUCUAGGGUCACAUUUAAAAUCAACAACAAACUAAUGUUUUCAAUAGUGAAUACAAGUUUCAUAAUACCAGAAAAAAACCUCCAGUUCUUAAUCACACCUAAGAAAACGCAUUCUAUCAAAUCACUCAUCAUUUUGAA